CUCGGCAGCCAUGGCGGGCAUGAAAACGGCCACCGGGGACUACAUCGACUCAUCCUGGGAACUGCGGGUGUUUGUGGGCAAGGAAGACCCCGAAGCCCAGUCGGUUACCCUCCGGGUCACCGGGGAGUCACACAUCGGCGGGGUGCUCCUGAAGGUCGUGGAUGAGAUCAAUCGUAAGCAGGACUGGUCGGACCAUGCCAUCUGGUGGGAGCAGAAGCGACAGUGGCUGCUGCAGACGCACUGGACGCUAGACAAGUACGGCCUCGGGGCCGACGCGCGCCUCUUCUUCGGGCCCCAGCACCAGCCCGUGCUCCUGCGGCUGCCCAACCAGCGGGCACUGCGUCUACGAGUCAGCUUUGCACAGCCCCUCUUCCAGGCCGUUGCCUCCAUGUGCCGCCUGCUCAGUAUUCGUCACCCCGAGGAGCUGUCUCUGCUGAGGGCCCCCGAGAAGAAGGAAAAGAAGAAGAAGGAGAAGGAGCCCGAGGAGGAGGUGUUUGACCUGACGAAGGUGGUCCUGGCCGGGGGUGUGGCCCCCGUGCUGUUCCGGGGGAUGCCGGCCCACUUCUCCGACAGCGCCCACACCGAGGCCUGCUAUCGCAUGCUGAGCAUCCCGCAGCCCCCGCCUGACCCGCAGAUGCUCCAGCGCAUGCCACGGUCCAGCUCACUGAUGGACAAGACCCAGCUGCACAGCAGGUGGCUGGACUCCUCCCGGUGUCUCAUGCAGCAGGGCAUCAAGGCUGGGGACACGCUCUGGCUGCGCUUCAAGUACUACAGCUUUUUGGACCUGGACCCCAAGACAGACCCCGUGAGGCUGACACAGCUGUAUGAGCAGGCACGGUGGGACUUGCUGCUGGAGGAGACGGACUGCACCGAGGAAGAAAUGAUGGUGUUUGCGGCCCUGCAGUACCACAUCAACAAGCUGUCCCAGAGCGGGGAGAUAGGUGAGCCGGCCAGCUCAGACCCGGGGCUGGACGACCUGGACGCCGCCCUGAACAACCUGGAGGUGAAGCUAGAGGGAGCAUCGUCCACUGAUGUGCUGGACAGCCUCACCACCAUCCCAGAACUCAAGGACAACCUGCGCAUCUUCCGGCCGCGGAAGCUGACCCUGAAGGGCUACCGGCAGCACUGGGUGCUGUUCAAGGACACGACCCUGUCCUACUACAAGAGCCAGGAGGAGGCCCCAGGGGACCCCAUUCAGCAGCUCAAUCUCAAGGGCUGUGAGGUGGUCCCUGAUGUCAAUGUCUCGGGCCAGAAGUUCUGCAUCAAACUCCUGGUGCCCUCCCCAGAGGGCAUGAGUGAAAUUCAUCUGAGGUGCCAGGAUGACCAGCAGUAUGCCCGCUGGAUGGCCGCCUGCCGUCUAGCCUCCAAGGGCCGCACCAUGGCGGACAGCAGCUACAACAGCGAAGUACAGUCCAUCCUGGCUUUCCUCAACCUGCAGCGCACCGGAGGAGGGUCAGGUGGCCCCACACAGGGCCCUGAUGCUGCCGCAGAGGGCCUCAACCCCUAUGGCCUGGUGGCCCCCCGCUUCCAGCGAAAGCUGAAGGCCAAGCAGCUCACACCGCGAAUCCUGGAAGCCCACCAGCACGUGGCCCAGCUUUCGAUGGCCGAGGCCCAGAUGCGCUUCAUCCAAGCCUGGCAGUCCCUGCCCGACUUCGGCAUUUCCUACUUCACUGUCAGGUUCAAGGGGAGCAGGAAAGACGAGAUCCUGGGCAUCGCCAACAACCGACUAAUCCGCAUCGACUUGGCGGUGGGCGACGUGGUCAAGACCUGGCGCUUCAGCAACAUGCGCCAGUGGAACGUCAACUGGGACAUCCGGCAGGUGGCCAUCGAAUUCGACGAGCACAUCAACGUGGCUUUCAGCUGCGUGUCCGCCAGCUGCCGCAUAGUGCACGAAUACAUCGGGGGCUACAUCUUCCUGUCCACGCGGGAGCGAGCCCGCGGGGAGGAACUGGAUGAGGAUCUCUUCCUCCAGCUCACUGGAGGCCACGAGGCCUUCUGAGGCUGCUGGCCCCUCCGCCCUGGCACACCCUCUCCACCUGCCACAGCCACUGCCAAGCCCACAUGCCCUGGCCGCACCACUCAUGCACCCCAAACAUGCACAGCGUGGGCACGCACUGCUUUGUGCAGGUGAGGGACCUGCAGGUGCCAGACUACUGUCCCGCAGGCUAGGGAGGCCCUAAGCUCACACUGAUCCCCCCACAAUUCUCCACUCCAGCAUAUUAUGGACACCAGUUGUAGCUACCAGCUGACAAUUAAUUCAUGGUUCACAAUGGACUUUCUCUUGUAUUAAUGUUUUACUUUUAUCUUUCAA